AUGGUGCUCAAGGUUGAUGAAAAGAUCAAUGAGAUCAAGGAGAAGGUGGAGAUGAAGGUGCUGGGUUCGUCGUCCAGUGUGGCACGAGAAUCGCAGGCUGCUGGGGCGGAAUUAAGACAACGACGAAAAAUCGACGAGGUAGAGGAGGCAAUGGAUCUAUGA